UUGGGUGAUAAACUUUCAAUUGCAUUUAUGCAAAGCGCAUCAAUGGAUCUCUUCACAGUCCUGGCGAUUUGUCUUUCUUGUUUGAUUCUCCUUUUCCUAUGGAACCGAAGCUAUGCCCAAGGAAAGCUGCCACCUGGCCCCACCCCUCUCCCAGUCGUUGGAAAUAUUCUGCAGAUAAAUAUGAAAAACUUCAAUGAAUCCUUAAAAAAGCUGGCGGAGGUCUACGGCCCGGUGUUCACUGUUUACUUGGGCCCACGGCCCACGGUGGUGCUGCACGGGUACGAGGCCAUCAAGGAAGCCCUGAUCGACCGGGGCGAGGAGUUCGCUGGCAGAGGCAGUUUCCCGGUGAUAGACUACCUCUCCCGGGGAUUAGGAAUUGUUUUCAGCAAUGGAGAAAUGUGGAAGCACACCCGGCGUUUCUCCCUCACGGUUUUGCGGAACAUGGGAAUGGGCAAGAAGACCAUUGAAGACAGAAUUCGAGAGGAAGCCUUGUGCCUGGUGGAAGCUUUAAAGAAAACCAACGCAUCUCCCUGCAACCCUUCUCUCCUCCUGGGCUGUGCUCCCUGCAAUGUGAUCUGCUCCGUUAUCUUCCAGAGCCGCUUUGAGUACAGCGACGAGAAGCUGCUGACCUUGCUACACUAUUUUAAUGAAAACUUGAGGAUUGUAAGCACCACUUGGAUACAGAUCUACAAUGCUUUCCCCUAUUUAGUGCAUUAUCUCCCAGGAAGUCAUAAUGAAUUCUUUAACAACUUUACUGAACAGAAAAAAUUUAUUUUGGAGCAAAUAAAAGAACACCAGGAAUCCUUGGACCUCAGUAACCCUCGAGACUUUAUUGACUACUUCAUGAUUAAAAUGGAAAAGGAAAAGUACAAUAAACAGUCUGUGUUUACCAUGGACAACUUGGUCACUACCAUAUGGGAUAUGUUUAGUGCGGGAACGGAGACAACGACCACCACCCUGAAAUACGGACUCCUGCUCCUGCUGAAGCACCCAGAGGUCGCAGCUAAAGCCCAGGAAGAGAUUGACCGUGUGGUCGGCAGAGAGCGGAGCCCUUGCAUGCAGGACAAGAGCCACAUGCCCUACAUGGAUGCCGUGAUCCACGAGAUCCAGAGAUACAUUGACCUCGUCCCCAACAACCUGCCCCACCUGGUGAACCAGGACAUUAAGUUCAGAGGAUACUUUAUUCCGAAGGGCACAGCCAUAGUCACAUCCCUGACUUCUCUCCUGCAUGAUGACAAAGAGUUUCCCAACCCACAUCAGUUUGAUCCCGGACACUUCCUAGAUGAAAGUGGCAACUUUAAGAAGAGCAACUACUUCAUGCCCUUUUCAGCAGGAAAAAGAGUGUGUGUUGGAGAAGGCCUGGCCCGCAUGGAGUUGUUUUUACUACUGACCCACAUUUUACAGCAUUUCACCUUGAAACCUCUGGUUGAUCCGAAGGACAUCGACACCAGCCCAGUUGUCAGUGGGUUCGGCUCUGUACCUCCCUCCUAUGAACUUUGUUUCGUUCCCGUCUGAGGAAGGCGCAGGUUGCAGAACAAGACUCUCGCCUCAUCUGAACGAGCCAGACGCACUCUGGUGUGUUAGCCGUUAUCCACCUCUUCCGUACCAGGAGGAAUGACAUUCCUGAGUUCUGUCUCUUCUAAUUUCCCCAUCCUUUAAAAAAUAAAACAAUAGUCCUAACUGGGUUGGCUCAGUAAAUAGAGCAUUGGCCUGCGGACCAAAGGGUCCUAGGUUCGAUUCUGGUCAAGGGCACGAACCUCGGUUGCAGGCUCUUCCCUGGCCCAGGCCCCGGUCGGGGCUCGUGCAGGAGGCAACCAAUCGACAUGUUUCUCUUACAUCGAUGUUUCUCUCUGUCUUUCCCUCUCUUGUCCACUCUCCCUAAAAAUCAAUGGAGAAAUAUCCUCAGGUGAGGAUUAACAAAACAAAACAAAAGAAAUAAAACUAUAAAGCCUCUAGUGUGAGACAUAAGAGAAAGUCUUUAAGACCUUGAACUCUGCAAAAAUUUUUCAAAAAUGGGCCACAAAAAGUACUAAUUAUAAGAGAUCAAUAAAUAGGUCUUUAGUUAAAUUAGUAUUUAAAUUCCUACCUAUUCAUCAAAAGAUACCAUUUAAGAUACUCAAAAGGCAAGGUACAGACUGGGAGAAAUAUCUCCAAUGAAUAUAUCCACAAAAGGACUUAUAUCCAGAUUUCAUAAAGAACUAAAAACAACACAAAGACGCCCAAGUAUUUUUUUAAAUGGACAAAAUGUUUGAAUAGUCACUUCACAGAAGAGGAUUUUCAUGUGGUCAAUAAACAUGAGAAAAAGUCCUCAACUUUAUUAGUUGUGGGGGGAAUAAAAAUUAAAACCACACUCAAUUACUCGUGUGUACCUACCAUCUGCUAACAUACAUGUUCCAGGUAAGCAAGGAUCUUUGUUUUGCUCACUAACAAAUAUCCAUUGGCUGGAGUAGUGCCUGGCACAUUUUGGCUCAGUAAAUAUUUGAGAAAAUGAAUGACUACUGGAAUGAAUGAAGAAUGAAUGAGUGAAUUGUUUGUGGGAGUGUGAAUUCAUGCUUUCUCUUUGAAGGUGGAUUUGACCAUGUCUGUUAAAAUGAAAAGGCACAUACCUGUCUUUCAAGCAAUU